CUCUGUCCGUCGAAAACACAACAAUGGCGAGCAAAUUUCUGAGUCUGGCAUGUAUACGGAAUGAAAAUGGAAGUUCAAGUUCAAGAGAUUUAUCAGCAAGACCUCAUUAUCCAUCAAUGCCUAAAUACCCAAAAGGGAUUUCAAUCGAUGAUCACGACAAGAAUAAGAGAAAAGAAGAAGAAGAAGAAGAAAGUUAUUCAGAAUCAAAAUCUGCUUUGUUUUGUGUAAUUGGAAUGACAUGUUCUGCUUGUGCUGGAUCUGUUGAAAAAGCUAUUAAAAGAUUACCUGGGAUUAAAGAAGCUGUUGUGGAUGUUCUUAAUAACAGAACACAAGUCCUUUUUUACCCUGAUUUCAUUAAUGAGGAGACGAUACGAGAAACAAUUGAAGAUGUUGGGUUUGAGGCGACACUGAUUGAGGAGGAAUUGGCUGACAGGACAUUUCAAGUAUGUCGGAUAAGAAUAAAAGGAAUGACUUGUACUACUUGUUCCACUACAGUUGAAUCUGUUUUACAAGGUGUUCAUGGUGUACAAAAAGCCCAAGUUGCGUUAGCGACGGAAGAAGCGGAAAUCCAAUUUGAUCCGAAGAUUGUGAACCAGAACCAGCUAAUGGAAACAAUUGAGAAUACUGGUUUUGAAGCUAUACUUAUCAGUGUAGGGGAAGACAUGAGUAAGAUACAUCUUGAAGUAGAAGGAGUUAGAAUUGACGAGUCAUUUAGGGGUAUAGAGAAAGCUCUUUGGUCUAUUUUAGGAGUGGAAGAUGUCGAAAUUGAACCUAUUCUUCGUAAGGUGUCCAUUGCGUACAAGCCAGAUCAAACAGGUCCUAGAAAUUUCAUCAAAGCAAUUGAGUCUAUUGAAAAUAAGCGCUUCAAGGCAAGGAUCUUCCCUGGUGGAGCGGGAAGAGAACCCCAUAAACAGGAGGAAAUUAGGCAGUACAAAAUCUACUUCCUCUGGAGUUUAGUUUUUACGAUCCCGGUUUUCUUAACAUCCAUGGUCUUCAUGUAUAUUCCUGCUAUCAAGCAUGUGUUAGACGCUGAAGUAGUUAACAUGUUGACGAUUGGGGAGCUUCUGAGAUGGAUAUUAGCAACCCCGGUACAGUUCAUUAUUGGUCAUCGAUUUUACACUGGGGCAUACAAAGCAUUAAGGCACAAGUCCGCGAAUAUGGAUGUUUUGAUUGCUUUAGGAACCAACGCAGCAUACUUCUACUCGGUUUUUUCAGUAAUAAGAGCAGCAACAUCGCCAACUUUCCAGGGUACUGAUUUCUUUGAGACUAGUGCUAUGCUCAUCUCAUUUAUUAUUCUAGGGAAGUACUUGGAGGUUUUAGCCAAAGGGAAGACAUCUGAAGCCAUUGCAAAACUUACGGACUUGGCACCAGAUACGGCGAUAUUAUUAGCUCUGGACAGUGAAGGAAACGUCAUGAAUGAGGAAGAAAUUGAUAGUCGAUUGAUACAAAAGAAUGAUAUCCUCAAAAUAAUUCCAGGUUCAAAGGUAGCUGCAGAUGGUUUUGUUGUAUGGGGUCAAAGCCAUGUCAAUGAGAGUAUGAUCACUGGAGAAUCCCGACCAGUUUCAAAAAGGAAAGGUGAUACGGUCAUUGGAGGAACUUUGAAUGAAAACGGUGUCUUACAUGUUCAGGCAACUCGGGUUGGUUCUGAAAGCUCUUUAUCUCAGAUUGUUAGACUUGUGGAAUCGGCGCAAAUGGCCAAAGCACCUGUGCAGAAAUUUGCUGACCGUAUAUCGAAGUACUUUGUCCCACUGGUUAUUAUUCUUUCGUUCUGCACUUGGCUUGCUUGGUUUUUGGCUGGAAAAUUCCAUGCCUACCCUAAAUCUUGGAUUCCAUCAUCUAUGGAUAGUUUUCAGCUAGCUCUUCAGUUUGGCAUUUCAGUUAUGGUCAUAGCUUGUCCAUGUGCCCUUGGCUUGGCAACCCCAACUGCUGUUAUGGUUGGUACUGGAGUUGGUGCCUCUCAAGGUGUAUUGAUUAAAGGGGGCCAAGCAUUGGAGAGUGCACAUAAGGUGAACUGUAUUGUAUUUGAUAAGACGGGGACUCUAACUAUUGGUAAACCAGUAGUUGUCAACACAAAGUUUCUGAAGAGGGUUCCUGAUUUUCUUGAACUGGUAGCCGCAACUGAGGUUAAUAGCGAGCACCCACUAGCAAAGGCGAUUGUUGACUAUGCCAAGAAAUGCAGAGGAGAUGAUGAAAAUCAAGUCUGGCCAGAAGCACAUGAAUUUGAAUCCAUUACUGGUCAUGGUGUGAAAGCCACUGUUAAAGGCAAACAAAUACUUGUGGGGAAUAAAAGCUUUUUGCAAACUUCCAACGUCUCAGUCCCGGCUGAUGCUGAAGAGUUUCUUGCAGAAACUGAAGAGUUGGCACAAACUGGAAUUCUGGUAUCAAUAAAUGAACAGGUGGUUGGGAUCCUAGCAAUAUCAGAUCCAUUGAAGCCCGGUGCUCGGGAGGCAAUCUCCAUUCUCAAGUCCAUGAACAUCGAAAGCAUUAUGGUGACUGGCGAUAACUGGGGAACUGCGAAGUCAAUUGCCAAGGAGGUGGGGAUCGAAAAAGUUUAUGCUGAAGCAAAGCCUGACCAGAAAGCAGGGAAAAUAAAGGAGUUGCAGAAUUCGGGCUUUAUCGUGGCAAUGGUUGGAGAUGGCAUAAAUGACUCGCCGGCACUAGUAGCUGCUGAUGUUGGAAUGGCAAUAGGUGCUGGCACAGAUAUUGCCAUUGAAGCAGCUGACAUUGUUCUCAUGAAGAGCAACCUAGAAGAUGUAAUAACAGCCAUUGACCUUUCCAAGAAAACAUUCUCUCGUAUCCGGCUAAACUACAUCUGGGCUUUAGGUUAUAACAUCCUCGGCAUUCCUAUUGCAGCUGGGGUUCUUUUCCCAUCCACUAGAUUCCGUCUUCCACCUUGGGUAGCUGGUGCUGCAAUGGCUGCUUCUUCGGUUAGUGUUGUUUGUUGUUCACUCCUGUUGAAGUACUAUAAAAGACCCAAGAAAUUAGAAACUCUUGAAAUUAGAGGGAUUCAAGUAGAAUGAACUAUAAAUGGUUUUGUCUUUUAUGUUUCAUGUAAAUAAUGAUGAAGGUGAAAUGUAUUUUUCGAAAGACAUUGUACAGGGAUUGAUUGUUGAUUGCUUUAAUAAAACUGUUUGAACUUUGACGUUUAAGAUCUUGAAUGUAAGAUGUCAACAGUGAACUUUGGAAUCAA